CCGCCGGUAAAGUGCAUUUAUUUGGUUAUUUGUAACGUAGCUUGGUUUCAUUGAAAUUUGUGAUUAGAAAAUUUUAUAUAAACAUGUCCUCAAGUCAAUGGGAAGUUGUUACGAAAUCCAAAAAAGCUAAAAAUCUAGAUAAGAAGGUAGAAGCUCAUACAGAGAAAAAACGACAGGCGGCCUUACUCCCAAAACUAGAAGAAAUUUUGCCUUCGCAUGAAUAUCGAACUCUAUUAUCUGGUAAAAGAGGAAAAGAGAAUCAUUCACCAGCGAAGUCUGUCAGCUCUUCAACAAAAUCGAAAUCGUCUCCCAUUAAGAAAAAUGCCAACAAUUCGAAAGAUAAAACUGCUAAAAAGGAACAAUCAUCACAGCAACAAGCAAAGUCGAAAUCAACAGUGUCCAAACUUAAAAGUUUGGAAUCUGCUAUGCGAAGUAUUGAAGCCAAUGAUUUCGCCACUAAACUUGAGCAAUUAAAAAUUGUUUAUCCUGGUUCCGAAUUGCUUUGGCUAAAAGGCGUUGCAAGCUUUUUUAACGAACAACUACCCUUCGAUUGUGAUCCCAUUUUCUCAGGAAAAUCGAUCUAUUAUCCCAGUAAUUUGGCAAGUACUGCACUUUACAAUGCUAUUGUCGAUUUUUUGGAAUCAGUAGGUGAAGAGAAUUUGUCAUAUUUUUAUCACACUUUGCUAAUCAAUAUGACUAUGGAACUCUCCAAAAAUAUGCCAAUUGUGGGUUAUAAGUUUAUACUACAAUUAAUUAGUCAACAUUGGCCACAUGUUGCCUCAAAUAACAUGGCAAAAAUUGCUUUGUUGCGUAACUCUUAUCAAAAUAGAAGCAACAUUUGCCUAAGCAUACUUUGGGCAAUUGGUCAAGGUGGUUAUAAAGAAAUAACAGAAGGCAUUAAAGUGUGGCAAAACCUAAUGUUACCCAAUCUGGAAUUAAAGAGCUAUACAAAAUUUGUGGCUGAAUAUUUAGAAAAAGUUUUAUCCGCAGCCAAAGAAGACUGCACAAUAACUUUGAACCAAAACGAGUUCUUCUCGUUCUACAAUGCUUUAAAAACACACUACCCCAUUCCAAAAGAGAAUCAAGAGACUCUUGGAAAAUGUGCACAUGGUUUUUUGAUCAAAUACAUUUUAUCUAGCAGUAAACAUUCGAACAUAUUUGUGACACUCUUUCGUAAUAUUGACGAUUUCAAAAGGAGUCGUAGUGAGUUGGAAGGUUGCCUUUGCUGUCUUGUGAAUGGUGAAGAUAGUUUUAAAGUAUGGAAGAUGAAUUAUAAGAAGCAAUUGACGUCCUCACUACUGCUCUUUAAAGAAAUCGAAAAACAAUUGGAUAAGGCUGAUAUUGAUAUGCUAAAGCUAGCAUGUUCUAACACAUUCCAGGCUUUCCUAGACGAAGCUCAGAGACUGAAUGAAGAAUUGAGUUUAGCCAAGCGAAAAGACCCAAAUUUAGAAGAUUUGAUAGCUGUUGUAAAGAAUGUCCAAGAGAAAACAACACAACAGAAGAAAAAACAAAUAGCCAGCGAACAAAAGAAAUGCGGCGGCUGUUGCAAGUGGGUUUUGGGUAGCUUUGUGCUAAUCGCCCUAAUUGCCGGCGUUCUAGUAUAUGACACAAAUGUCAAUGGCAAAGGUGUUUUCGAGCGUUCAGCUACAGGCAAAAUACUAAAGAAUGCUGGCGUAUUGCCGCAUGUGGAGAAAGCGUGGUACACAACGAUGGGCGCCGCGGCAAGAGGCUAUAAAUGGGCCGAAAAACAUGUGCCGCCUUACGCGAAACCUGCCGGUCAGCUGGCGUGUGACCUCUUCAAGUUGGCGCGCAACGCCGCCUGUAAUGUAUAUGGUGUGGUCACCGAAUUUGUUGCAGCAAAGCUGCCAGUGGCUGCUAGCUUUCUGGAACAAUAUGUUCCCGGUCUCCCUAAAAAGAUCGAAAACACUUCUUUGGCGAUCAAAAAUGUGUGCGUCGAUGUUUUUGGAAAAGCAGUGGUCUUUUUCAGAACACAGGUUUUCAUCGGCCGUCUCUCUCCUGAAAACCUAAGCAAAGCUCUCAACCAGACCCAAAAUGCUGCACUUGAUUACUACAAUCAGUUCCAUAAAAAGGUUGACACCUAUUCAAAACUGAAAUGAUUUUAAGAAAAAACAAAGUCAUUUUAUUAUGGCGAUCAUCUCCACCAAUUCAAUACAACUCAACACAAUAAAACCACCUUGACACCAUCUGCUAAACACCCAACAGCAAAUGGAUUACACGGCAAAUUAUGUCGCCUUGUCAAAUGCCAAAAAGCUGUACAUUUUUACUGAAACAUGGAAACUUUUGAGUGCUGUUAAAAACUAUUUUUUACUCCCCAAAGCAGGUGAAAGCAAUCGAAUGUUGAUUAUAGUUGAAGGGAAUAACUACAAAAUUUAUUGUACAUUAAAUAACUUUGGUUAAGCAAAAAUUUUGAAUGAAGCUGCGAUAAUUGAACAAGUCUUGUAAAUGGUGGUAAUUUGAAAAUAUUUAAGAUACAAUAAUGGAAUUCUCAUUGUCAUUGUUUAAACUAUCAUUAGUUUUUUACAAUCUUAAUUAGUAAUUUUUUCAAAUUCCAUUGCAAUUUUUGUCAUUUUGCAUUCAUUUAAUAAGUUAAUAAUCGCUGCACACUCAAAAUAAGUUUCUUAUAUUAUUUUUUGUCAGAAUACGACUCUUUUGCAAUGUAAUCUUUCGUCAGGGUGCACGAAGUGGUGGCAUACUAUUCCAGUUUGUAUCAAAUUUUAGUCGAUUGAUAUAAAAUAUUUCAAUGCAUUUUUCUUAGUUCAUUAUGUGAAUUGUGAAUGAUAACCUCUUUUUUAAAUAAAAAAAUAUUUAAAAGUUGUAA